AUGGCGUCCCCCCCGGCAGAGACCAAGGUGUACGUGGGGAACCUGGGCACGGGCGCGGGCAAGGGCGAGCUGGAGAGAGCCUUCAGCUACUACGGGCCGCUGAGAACCGUGUGGAUCGCGAGGAACCCGCCGGGGUUUGCCUUCGUGGAGUUCGAAGACCCAAGGGAUGCUGAAGAUGCUGUGCUUGGCCUUGAUGGGAAGAUAAUAUGUGGCUCGAGGGUUAGAGUGGAAGUGUCAACGGGGAUGCCUCGUCGCUCCCGUUAUGACAGGCCUCCUGCACGGCGCCCCUUUGACCCUAAUGAUAGAUGCUACGAGUGUGGUGAGAAAGGCCACUAUGCUUAUGAUUGUCACCGCUAUAGUCGCCGAAGGAGGAGCAGGUACGUGUGGGGCCAGA